AUGACAAUUACAGUAUUAAUCCUAUUUGUACCGGUAUUAGUAAUGAUUUUACUACUACUUAACGUACUAUUAGCCGUACAUAAACCCGACACAGAAAAAGUGACUCCUUACGAAUCUGUUCAUUCAGUUCAACGACUAUUGUCACUGACUAACACACUCGGCCGUGUUAGAUGGUAUAGCCUUAACUUACUAGAAAUGUACUAUUUAGUGGGAAUUUUAUUCCUAAUCUUUGAUCUUGAAAUCGCGGUAUUCUACCCGUUAGCUGUGACACUAUACCAAGGUUGCCUUAUUAAGGUGAAGUGCAGGAACAGUUAUACAACUAACCUAUCUGCAGCGGUAGUGAUAUACUAUCGUUCAACGACUAUUAGCUUUACUGACCCGCCGGGGUUAGAUGAUAUAGUCUCAACUAAGUUGGAAAACUUAUUCUUAAUUGGCCUUAUAUUUCACAGAUCACCGAUCAUCUAUUUCCCGAGCAGUAAUUGA